AUGGGCACUCAGCUGCUCAUAUGGGACGAAAAUGUGUUGCACCAAUCAGGUGUGAGCACUCAGCUGCUCAUGAGAAGACAGAAUGUGUUGGACGAAUCAGGUCUAGACACUCAGCAGCUUGUUGAUCUGAUCAACAAUGAGCCAAUGGAAAGGAGCCACUUGAUCCAGGAAGAUAGGAUCAAGGAGGAGAUGCUCAUCCUCAACGAACCAAUCACGUUCAGCUACCCAGCAGCUUGGGGAAUGGACCAAUGGGAAGGUGCCAUUCGACUCAAGUGGAUUGGGAUGGAAGAAGCUGCUCCAGGCGUGCAGCCAUGCCAUUGGUUGCAUGCGGAAGCAAGGUGUCGCGUUCUGAAGCCAUCAGACGCCACCUCGAGCUUCCGAAAAACCUAUAUAAAGGCCCCCUUGGUCUUCAUUUCCAAACCACACCACAAACUGAAAUCUAGAGAGAGAAACUAG